AUGGCAAAAGACGAUGCAUCCACGCCUGCUGAGCCAGAGAUCAACAAGAACACGGUGGAGACAGCCGAAUCAGUCCACAAGCCAACAGUGAACGUCAAAGGCAAGGAUAAGGCUGCCGAACUGCUAAACUCGAACGAACGCAUUACAGUCACGCCAGAAGAGAACAAGAGGGUACUCAGGAAGAUCGAUCUUGUCAUUCUUCCAAUCCUGCUCUCAGUAUAUUUCCUCCAAAGUUUGGAUAAGACUACGCUCUCGUACGCAUCCGUCUUUGGGCUUAUCGAAGAUGCGAACCUGGAUCCAGACUCCGAUCAAUACUCAUGGCUCGGUUCAAUCGUAUACAUUGCGCAGCUCGUAAUGCAGCCUAUUGUUGCCGUCUUGCUAGUGAAGAUACCUAUGGGUAAAUUCGUUGGCGUCAUGGUCUUUACUUGGGGUGUUAUACUCUGCGGAAUGGCUGGAACCAGGAAUUUCGCAGGACUCAUGGCUACACGUUUCCUACUCGGUGCAGCAGAGUCUGCUGUCGCGCCUGCGUUCAUUGCCGUCGUACAGAUGUGGUACAAGCGUGGUGAACAGACAAACCGGAACGCAUCAUGGUAUGCCAUGUUGGGAAUCGUCAACAUCCUUGGGUCACUCCUAUCCUACGGUCUUGGUCACAUCAAAUCCAAUGCUCUACAUUCAUAUCAGAUCAUCUUCCUGUUUUGCGGUCUUCUCACGGUGGUAACUGCCACCGCGGUUUUCAUUUUCAUGCCGGAUUCGCCCAUGGAGGCCAGGUUCCUCAAUGAUCACGAAAAGCUGGUCGCUGUCGAACGUCUUAGGAUGAACCAGAUGGGUGUUGCUUCGCGUGUCUGGAAAUGGGACCACGUCUUGGAGACUUUUCUCGACCUGAAGACUUGGCUAUGGUUCUUCAUGCUCACUGCUGUCUCUAUCCCAAGUGGCGGCAUUACCACCUUCGGACCACUGAUCAUCCAAUCAUUCGGCUUCAGCAAAUUCCAGACCAUCCUCUUCAACAUGCCCUUCGGCGCCGUACAAAUAUUCGCAACGCUGGGCGGCGCAUGGCUCGCGACACGCAUCAAGAUGAAGUCUCCAGUGCUGAUCCUUCUCUGCAUCCCUCCCAUUAUUGGCAUUAUCAUCCUGAUGGUGGUUGGUCGCGAGAAGCACAACCGCGGUGUUCUUUUGGUCGGAUACUAUCUCACAUCCUUUUACCCUGGCAUUUCGCCCCUGAUCUACUCAUGGUCAGGCCAGAAUACCGGCGGCGACACAAAGCGCAAAGUCACCACGAGUUUCCUCUUCGUCGGUGCGAGCGCAGGCAACAUUAUCGGACCACUCCUUUUCAAGCCAUCGGAGAAGCCAAAGUACUCCAGAGGACUGCGUGCUAAUCUAGGACUGUUCAUUGCUAUCGUCGUGCUUGUGGUAGUAGGGAUGAUCUACGUUAAGUUUUUGAAUCGGAAGCAUGCCGCUGCUCGCGAGCGCCUGGGCAAGUCAGCACACGUCGUCGAUACCAGCAUGCAGAAUAAGGCAAGCGACUCCGAGGACGCUGCGAAUGCAGAGGCGAGCGGUGUUGGUGACAAGGCUUUCGACGAUGUGACAGAUUUGAAGAAUGAAGAUUUUAUCUACCUUCUGUAG